AAUUGAUGGAUUAAACCAAAACAAGUCCAUUUAGUAUCAAACAUCAGCAAGAGUGAGACGUAUUUUUAAUUAAUAUGAAUUUCCAUUAAUAAUUAAAUAAAAAUGAAUUCUUCGUCAAUUGGUUUGUCCGAAUAUCAAACAGAUGCUGAGUUAAGAAAGGUUGAACUGUUCGUUGGAUAUCCCGAUCAGUUAUUGAAGUUUGUUUCUGUGUGCUGUAUGCUAUUUAUAAUAAUCGGAGUGCCAGGGAACCUUAUAACUGUUAUAUCACUCAAACGAUUCAAGCAGGUUCAAAAUGCAACAGCCAUAUUCAUAAUCAAUUUGUCUGUGGCGGACCUUCUGUUCUGCGCGUUGGUCCUGCCCAUGGUCAUGUUUUCAUACUGGACGCACUCCUGGGUGCAUGGAAAGGUGUUGUGUCGGCUAUUUCCAUUAUUUAACUACACAUUAGUCAUAGUGUCGUUAUACAAUAUAGUCGCAAUAGCAAUCAUCAGAUACGUCAUAGUGUGCCAUCCGAUGAAGUAUCAUAAAAUAUACACUAAAAGAAAUAUCCGCAUAAUGCUGGCUGCUUUGUGGAUCUUUUCUGUGGGCUUCAUAUCACUUCCAUUCUUUGAGAUAUGGGGACAAAUGGGCCUGGACCCAAAGGCCGGAUCGUGUACCAUUAUACCAGACAAAAACAAUGGCAACCCCAAAAAAACCAUCGUAUCGUCGUCAAUUAUCAUAGCUUUCGUUACAAUAUUCCUGUGUUAUAUACGCAUUUUAAUGGUAGUAAAAAAAUCUGCCUUGAGAAUCAAAAGUCACAAUAACACGAACACUGCAAACGUCAGCAGUGAUGAAUCUACCGACUCGUCUAAUAACACAGAUGUGUCAGACAUUGCCGAAACUGAUGCAGCAAACGAGCAGCCCCAAAUGCCUCAGUUUACCUUCCAACAAGGAAAUGAGAUGAAGAAGAAACUAUUACCGACGAAGAAAGACAAGAAACUACGCACAAUGGUGCUCGUUAUAAUGAUCUGUUUGUUUGUUUGUUACUUUCCUAUGACACUAACGAAGAUGCUAUACAGCCACGUAGAUACAUACCCAGUAUUUAAUAUUAUAAGUUAUAUUUUGAUAUACGCCGCCCCUUGUAUCAACCCUGUGUUGUAUGUAUUCAUGUCAAAAGAGUUCAGACAAGCUUAUAAAUCUCUGUUUAGCAUAAAUAAAUAGUUACAGUUAUAGAUAGUGGCAUGCGUAAUAAUUAUUAUUUACGAUGAAAGACUAUUUUCACGUCUAUUUGUUAUGUUUGAGUCCUUAAUUUUUUUAUACUUAUCGUCCUCUCUACUAUACGGAAUAUACGCCGCGAAAUGUAAAGUACGAAAUAAGGACCUAUCUUGUUCGAUUAUUUGACGGUACGGUUACACAAGGUAUACCGGCUAUAUAAAGCCCGUCGUAGUGUGGAGCGGCUCUUUGCCUAAAAAAAAAGUCCUACCGUAAUAGUAUUAGCAUUAAGUGAACAAUAUUAAAUGAUAAUUACAUUGUACAAUGUAUAUUUUACAACUUUGUUGUAUGUUAUUUAUAUUUUAAGAUUUACAAGGUAAAAUGAAGUGGGAGGAAAAACAGUGUGUAAAAUUACAAAAAACAUGUGUUACAAAACAUGAUGAUACUUAUAAUUGACUGAAGUGAUGAAAUGUGUUUAAUUGUUAUUAGUUAAAUUAUGAAAAAAAUACUAUUUAAAGCUACAAUGUAUUUUAAUAAGAAAAAUAAUUCAUUUAAUCUCUAAAUUACCUACAAUUAGUGACCGGACGCAUUCCGAUGCAAUCAAGAAGCACCGUUAAGAAAAUUAAAUAAGUACAGAAAAUAAAAUAUUAUUCAAUGAAAAUAUUCAUUCAUCAAACUGGAGCAAAGAUGUGUGUUUUGAGAGCAAAACUCAAAGCAUAGCAUACAGGGCAGAUGCAAAGUUGGUUGAAACCGUCAGAAAGUCUCCGGGGAACUAAAAAUAUCGGAUGAAAGUUGGCCAAGAAAGCCUUUGCAUGUCUUCAAUCUUGCACGGCUCGCAGCCAAGACUGGCCUUAUAAAUUGUGAUAUAUUUUUACACGUACGUCUUGAAUCUUUUAAAAUAAUCCCUAAUGGAUGUCAACAUGAUUUAUUCUUGUUCGUUGAAUUAAUUCAUAUUAGUAACUCUUACAUAGCUUACUCAGAGUUUUGAAAUUGAAAUCAGGUGACAGUUAGAGUGCUAUAGCACAUUGUGUGUGCAUGUGAUCAAAUGUUUUUGGGUAUGGCGUAAUCGCCAUUACCAAAAACAUUUGAAUAUAAUACUGGGUUUAAUUGACUGGGUAGUAAUCUACCCAGUCAAUUAAAGUAUCCCGGUAAAGCUGGGCUUUUGGCUAUAUUUUACCUUUCCUUUCUCUUUCUCUUGCAGUAUAAAAAUAAACACUAAUUAAUUGAUUGUAGCUAAAUAGUCAGGCUUCAAUUUGUUGAAAGCAUGCACCAUCGGUUUGAUGCUUUCCGUCAAUCAGUCAAUAUUCCAUUUUAUUAAAUACAUAAUAACUGUAUUUUACUUUCGAUCUUAAUUUAUUUGACUAAAGGCUGGUUUUUCAGUCGUCAAGUAAAAAUAUCCAUCAAAAAAAUUAUAACCUGACAAUGUAAAAGUGAGAUAAAGUAACAACUUUAUAAAAACUACUGCAAUUUCUAAUU